UCGCCCUUAUUCAUUUUUAUGUUCUGUUCACACGGGCGACUAUUCAAACGGGCCCUUAAUCAAGAUCGGGCGGUAAAACGAGCAUAUACGGUAUGUUAUAUUCCACUUAUAGAUGCUCAAAAUGUUGUCCGUGCACUUCAGAGCGAUGUCUUAACCUAGAAGUCCAAGCUCGUGUAGCGUUUUGAAGAUAAACUUGUGGGAUAUUGUUCCAAUUCAACCUAUACCUAUACUCAUUUUAUUCAUGAUCUCGUCUUACUUUCAAAUUUUCUGCUUUUUUCUAGCGACCAUUCUGUAUGAUAUUUCAUUACCUGGGUUGGCAAGUUCUGUUAUAUUAAUAGAAAAUCUUGAUUAAUUUUCAUCAAAUGAUUGUAUUAUUCGAUAUUUCAGCUUUGAGUACUAUUCUGUUGGUGUUAUUGUUACAAAAUCUCUGAUCAUUUUUUUUGUACUGUUUAUCUUACUGAUAAGAUAAGUUCAGAUAAGAAGCUAGGUUAUUACCUUCCAACUUAUCCCAAUCUAUGAUAAAAUAGAAUGGAAGAAAAGAGAUCUCAAAUUUAUAAUAAAAUUUGACGUUCCAUAUUUAAAAGUAUCAUCUUAUAAUGUAUUCAGAAUAGUAGAUUCUUAGAUUUGAAUAUCCUCUGAUUUAAAAUAACUAUCCUUUGACAUUACUAGGUCAACCAAAACUCCAUAUAACUAAAAUAAAACUCAGUUUUCAUUUGCUGUCAAAUCUCCUAUUGUUAUGUCAUAAAUAUAUUAUUUGCUCAUAAUAUGUUCCAAUUUGAAUUCUGAAUGCUAAACUGUUGUGCUUUUUUGUUUAACUUAGUUAUUUUAGUUAAUUUAACAUAAUUUAUAAUAGUUAUAUGCAACAGAAGCUUCACUCAAAGGAGAUUCUCACAAUAUUCAGGAAACUUCAAGAAUCAAGAGUGCAUCAACUGUGACCUGGCCUGGAGAAAUUUCCAUAAAAACUGUUCACAAUUAUCAGUUCACCAUGGAAAUAUUGUCCUAUAAGUGACAGCAAUUGUCCUAGAAGUGACACAGCGUUCCUCUGAAAAACAUUUGGUUACAAAGUUGAGUGUUCUUGAACUUGUAUAGAUGCGUUUAGUUGGACAUGUGUGUGACCUGUCUUGGAGCAAGUCCUCAAAAAAGCUUUUAAUACUUUGCUCAGCGGGAAUGCUAUUUCUCGCCUUGCCUCUGUAGAGCAUUUGGUUGUGUAUUCUUUCUUUUCGCACACUAACAAUUGUAACAAAGAAAAAAUUAGAAAAAGUAUUUUUUCAACAACAUCAAAUAUAGAAUCCGCAAACAAUUUCAGCCUCAUUUGAGAGAAAAAGACAAUUUUUCCCAAUUUUUGUCCCAUUUUAAUGAACCAUGUCGAAAACCCCAAGCCGUCGAUCAGUUCUAGUGAAACAUGUCGGAAAUGAAGAUGUGGAGCAUCACGUUACUAUGCUUGGAGUCAAGAACCAACGAAAAACAAGAUCUUCUAUGGGAAUAGCAGCGGAGUUCUUUAACGAUGUCCCAAAAAUUGAGAAGAAAAAGCCUUCUGAGUACCCUAAAAAGAAAGAAAAAAGCGUCAAAAUUGCGGAAAAUGAAGAAAAAGACAUUUUGAGUGAAAUCACGUCACUCGUUCCGACAUCGUUACUUGAAAGUAACGUACAAUAUGGAGGAGUAGAUGUGUACGGUUUUAAAACUCCGAAACGAGCUAAACAAAUGUCGAAACUAGCGUCUGAAUCUGCAAGAAAAGUAUCCAGUGCAAAACAAUCGGCGAAUAAUGAAAAUAACGAUCCAUUGGUUGAAAAAAGUAACUCCAAAACGCCGAAGAAAAAAUCGAAGACUUCUAAGACACCUUCCAAACCAGCCACAGAAAGAGAGCCUAAAACACCAAGUGUCAAGUUCGCUGAAAAUGACACCGACGGUUCAUCUAAAACGCCAGGUAAAAAAUCGAACAACGAUGCACUUGAUACACCAACAAGAACCUCGAAUCGCACAAAAAAAUAUCUUGUUCAAGAGAUGCAAGCUAAUCAACAAGUUGACAAUAAUUCUGACUCCAGUGAAGAGGAAAAUAGUGAAGAUGAAGUAGAACAAGAUGAACGACAAGAUCAAACCCCAGUGCCGCAGCCAUCAAAAAGAAUUGCCUUGCCAUCGGAAACAGAGCUUUAUUUCGAGGCUCAUAAAAGUGGAAGAAAAUUGGGUGCAAGCACUUCUGAUCGAACUCUAGCACGACUAAAAAUACCUCAAAUGAACCAAGAAACAAUGCAUUCUAUCUUAGAGGAAUUACAGAACAAUAAAAUCGCGGGAUUAAAAAAUUCUAAUCCGCAUAUGUUCAGCAAAGUAGAAAAAAUCGAGCUUUCUCGCCAGUGGCUGAUUCAAGGCUAUGAAGGAUAUUUUCGUAAAUGGAUGUUUUAUAUUUUUAACGAUUAUAAUAUUCUACUAUACGGACUGGGAUCAAAACGCCACCUAGUGCAUGAAUUUUGUGAAAAAAUGCUCUCAGAGUUCGACAAAAUUGUUAUAAAUGGUUAUUUUCCAAGUUUAAUCAUACGCUCAAUUUUGGCGUCAAUUUGCGAGGUUGCGGACGUAAAUAUCACCAUCGGAGGGAGCCAACAGCAGGCUCAAGUUGACGCAAUAUGUAAAAAAUACACAGACAAUGAGUUUGUAGAUCAUUUAUUCUUGAUAAUUCACAAUAUUGAUGGAACAACUUUACGAAACAAUAAGACUCAAAAUAUUUUAAGUCGCCUAGCGUCGUGUCCGCGGAUUCAUGUUAUUGCAACCAUAGACCACAUAAAUGCUCCCCUCAUAUGGGACCAAUCCAAGUUAUGUCGAUUCAAAUGGCUCUGGUACGAUGUAACAACGUACGAACCUUAUAAAGACGAAACUUCAUUUGAGGGUUCGCUUCUUAUGUUGACCAGUGGAACUGGUAUCGGUGGUUCAUUAGCUCUAAGCGGCCUCGUCCAUGUGGCAAGAAGUUUAACUCCUAAUGCUCGAGGAAUUUUUAAACUUCUCACAGAGUUUCAAAUCGAGGAGUCAAAAUCGAGUAAUUAUAUCGGACUCUCUUUUUCUGAUUUGUAUCAGAUGUGUCGUGAAAAGUUUCUUGUCAACAGCGAGCUGACGCUGCGGACUCAACUUACGGAAUUUCUCGACCAUAAACUUGUUGAAAUCAAAAAAGGUAUUGAUGGUGGCGAAUAUCUCUCUAUUCCCCUCGAUAACGCUACUUUGCAAGAAUAUUUAGAUCAAUCACUUUGAGAAUGAGGAAUUUUGUUAGAAGGGAUUGUGAUUACUUGUUUUUGAGUUGUUUUCACACUCCUCCAAGCUUUGUUCGCCUAAUAUCCACUGUUCAGAAACCGUCAUUUUCACUCUGAUAUUCAUGUUUUAUUUUCACUGAAGUUCGCUGUCAUUUUUUGUGAACUAGACCAGAAUCUUUUCAGUUCAGAAACUGAAUUGAUUGAUUUUCAGUUGCUUUUUUCACCCAUGUCUGGCUCCACUGAUAUGUGAUAAAAUUCUUGAGAAGACCAAAAUGUUUGCAUAUUUUUGCUUACCAUUGUUCGAAUUUUGUUUAAAUUAUUUGAACACACUUAAGAUGUUCAUCCUCCAGUUAAUUGAGAAACUGAACUGACUGAUAUUCUUUGUUCCAUUUUCACUCUGAAUUAGGCUCUGCACAACCAGUCACUGAUAGGCAAGGUAAUUAGUUUCUCGGGACCCAGAAUAUUUGCGUUUUUUUGCUCACCGUUGUUUUAAUUUUGUGUAAAUUAUUCCAACCUUCUAUUUAUUUUCUCAUUAUUUCAUAAGGUCAGUAGUUAUAUGUUCAUAAGGGUAGUGAAGAAAGCCGUAACCUAACAGUGUUUUUGUGAGUCACGCUGCAAGAGUCAGAAAUCAAGUAAUCAUUUCUUUUUAUAGUUAUUUACCAGAUAUUCUCCAGAGAAAUGACAGGGCUGGGAAGUAUUAUUAUCAUAUUGCUUUCCACUGCCACUUGAAAGUGUAUUUGGAUGCUGUGUCACACAAUGAGGUUUAAUGACUAUUUAAAUCAUUACUGUAUACUGUUUACUCUAAAUUCCUCUUUUCGACUAUUUCGAACUCUUUAUUCCUUUCUUAAUAUGUUUAAAAACUGCUUUAUUUUUCCAAUCGUUAGUGGGUUCAAAAGUAUUAAGUACAUUUUGCAUUUCCGAUUUGGUACAGUACAAGUAAUUAAUUUUCUAAGGUAAUAAUAAUUAUAAAUAAAUAAGGUAAACAUAAAUAAGCAUUAGAAUAAGCAAAUAAAGAAUAUUAGUAUUUGUACUACAGCAAAUACUAUGCAAAAUUCCCCCUGAAAAUAACAAAAUUGGGGGGGAUUCUCCUCGGCUGGGAAAUGUUACUGCAUUCAAUCAAUCGUGUAUUUUGUUUCUACAAAUGCCGCCUCUUGAAUACAAUUAUAUUAUUUGAAUUGCAAUGAAUCUUGUUUAAAUCGUCACGAAAAA